CUUAAUUUACAGGGGUUUCAAAAUCCUUACCGUGGUAUGGAACCCGCAUCGCCCGACUCAAAAGUUGACAAAAUGUCCGUGCCUACCUAACAGGCUUAAAUAGUUUAAGCUGUACUAAGAAGCGCGAGGUAAAUAAAAAGUUAAGUUUCACCUUGUUUGGUCGUGUGGUAUAUUAUGAUGACGUCGCUGAUAUGGGUGGUGAUGACAACCCCUUGCUACAAGAAAUGAACCAACAGCAAAUACAUCGCAAGAUGCGGAACCGUGCAUUUCUAAGAAUCUUGGUCAGUUCUGUCGUCUGCUACACCUGUUUUGGUUUCGUCAUGUGGAAUUGGCCAGCCCCAGUGGUUUCCGUUAAUAGAAGCAAGGAACAGUCUGUCCACAGAAACAAAGACUCAGCAUUCACUCCUGUUGUUAUUGUUGCGUACAUGCGCAGUGGCUCCUCAUUAACCGGAAACCUUAUCCAGCAAGACCCGGAUGUAUUCUACGUGUUUGAGCCACUACAUGGUCUGGUCCGUGGAUACCAAAAGGAAAUGUUGAAACAAUUUCCUGAAUUUCCGCUCCUAGCUGAACGUCCAUUAAUGGUUGUAAGAGAAGAAGUUGAAGACUUGUAUCGAGCCUGGUUCACCUGUGAUAUGGACUAUAUAAUAUCUGAAACAUAUCGAUAUCAUAUUUCAUUUUUCAAGCUAGGUUAUAAAACGCAGUUGUUAUUAAAGUGUUUAGAAAAUGCGUCAGAGAUAGUCUAUCACGCUAACAAAAUGCCAUGUACCGACUACCUGCGGAAGCUUUGCUUAGAAUCAAGACACAGAGUAUUGAAAACUAUUCGAACACCACUAAGCUGGUUUCACGGUCUUAUGGGGGAAUUUCCCAAUAUGAAAAUAAUACAUUUAGUACGAGAUCCACGUGCAAUUUUGACAUCGCAGCGUAGGUUUGGAGAAUGUGCACGUGGCAAGCAUGGAGGUUUAGCUGGUUGUACUAAAUUUGUGUGUUCUAGUUUAGAAGAUGAUUUGACAACGUUUGAAAUGUUUUCAAAACUCUUUCCAAAUCGAAUUUUUAGACUGAAGUAUGAAGAUGUAGCACUUAAGCCAAUAGCAAAAACAAAGGAAUUGUAUCACUUUUUAAAUUUGAAAUAUACAGAUGCAACUGAAAAGUAUGUAGAAAACAUCACAAUGUCCGGAAAUAAUAAGAGUUUUGUACUGGAUACAGUGGUGCCCAAUUCAAUAGAUAUGAUUGAUAAAUGGCGAACUAAAAUUAGCGAUGAGCUGCUAGAAACGGUACAAACCAUGUGUAGAUAUGUGAUGAAUCAGUUAUCCUACUAUCACUUCAUUAAACCUCUUUAGAAUUUUGGAAGCUAUUGCUUUUGUUGAGAAAUCAGCACCAUGUGACCGCUGCUUCGUCCGGCUGUAUGCACUUCCGGGAUUUUUAAUGUUUGGAUUCAACUGCAGUGACACUAAAAUUCUAUGGUACUUGCUUAAACAACUCGAACAAAAAGCGCUGUUUUUCCUUCUACAACAUUACAGUUGGGCUGUAUGCUGAGCCUACAAAAGGAAACUAUUGAUGUUAACGCUUUUCGGUAUCUGCCCCGAACUGGUUUGUGAUCUCAUGUCUCUCCUAUUAGAGUUUCAGUCUGAUACAUCUGAUUUUGCUUUUUAUGGGAUAAUGCAAGUUUAAGUAUAUUUAAUCUAACCAGGAAGAAAUACAUCGUUUCGUUUUCUGUUUAAUAUAUACGGUGUUCCAUUUUGGA